UCGAGGUACCAAGGUAAUGGACGCUUACAUUGGUUCCUAGUCCCGGCCGGAUUGUAUGUUCGGUGCCGGAACAUCCUGAUGCAGAUAUCAGGCGAUAAGUGAAGCAAUUGAGCAAGAGAUGCCGAGAAGCGGCAGACCUAUGUGAUUCCAGUGUUUCGGAAUAUUGAGAUAUCUAUUUCUGGUCGUCAUUAGAUAUGUCGCUGAGAAUUAAAGCUGUGGUAGAUAAGUUCGUGCAGGAACUGAAAGAAGCCCUCGAUGCAGACAUCCAAGACAGGAUCAUGAAGGAGAGGGAGAUGCAGAGCUAUAUAGAAGAGAGGGAAAGAGAGGUUGCAGAGAGGGAGGCUGCUUGGAAAGCUGAGCUAUCUCGCCGUGAGGCUGAGAUUGCACGGCAAGAAGCAAGACUAAAAAUGGAAAAAGAAAACCUUGAGAAAGAAAAAAGUGUUCUGAUGGGAACUGCAUCAAAUCAAGAUAACCAGGAUGGAGCCCUUGAAAUCACUGUUAGUGGCGAGAAAUACCGAUGUCUGAGGUUUUCCAAGGCUAAAAAAUGAGGUUUAAAUGUUGAAAAUAAGGGAGGAAAUAUGGAGACAACUUCCAGGUCUCUUGAUGCUAUCAAUUCUUUACCGACCAUGAGGCCCUUGAUGCAAUUUACGCAAGAACUUGUUUCAUAAGGUGCAAUGAUGGUUUAAUUGCAUAUAUUAUCUAAAUUCAAUGGGAAUAACCGGUGGGCUGACGGGGUGCUUCAAGUUGUAUGUGUGGUCUGUUUUUCAGUUGAAAAGGGUUUGGUAACGCAAUAAUGGUGUAAUUCAAGUAGACAAGCUGUAUCUUAGUGUUUGCUUUUUUUUCUUCCUUUGUAUCUUGACGAUAUCCAGUCAGUACUGUUACUCAUGUAAAUGGUGAACUUGCUCACUUAACACUUGUUGAUACAAUGGGCCAAAAGUUGCUCCGAUGUUGUGCAGAUUACAUUUGUACGAUUAUCGUGAUUUACUUGCCUCCUUUGCUA